UAACGUGUAUGACCCAACAAUAUCAAUUAACGAAAAUAUAUUAAGAAUCUCUGCCGAAAGUUUAGCAAAACUGGAUGAAUCCAAGUACCUUACGGAAUUCAUUCCAUAUUUUACAAAAUAUAAGAAAUCAGAAAAAGAUAAUCCAUUUUCGUAUGCCAAUGAUGAUAUAAUGGAUAUUCGAGGGGAAAGCGGGUUUUCAAAAUUUUUGUCAGUUGAUGAUUAUAUAAAGUUAUUAUUAAAAAAACCAAAAAGAGAUGUUAAGUUGCCAGAAGAUUGGCGUAAUAUUAUCGAAGAAUAUUUAAG